CCCCACCCCGCCUUUCUCCUUUUGCAAGAAAAUAAUUUGACAGUCGAUUUGCUGACAGGGGAGGAAUUUGCAUCCUGGAUUUUAAAAAAAAAAGGCCGAGAGGAGCUUGGGAACGGUUGCUAGGGGUGGGUAAUGGGUGAAAAAAGGGGGGUACCAAGCAGCGGAUAAGGAGGGUUAAGGGAGGGGGCGAGGAUGGGGAGCAAUGCAAAAGGUAAGGCCAGGUUGCCGCGGCUCGGCCCCGAGUGGGCUGCGGCCGGGGGAGGGGCGAGAGAUACAUAUGUAUUUCUGUCUCCCCAGCACACCCCCUUCCCUCUAAGCGAUGGCUGAGAGGCGGUGCAUGCAGAUGGGGAGUAAGUUUCCUGAAGGGGAGGGUGGAUGCACGCGCGCAGCCCGGCGCUGCAAAUUUCCACCGGGGAGGGAGAGCGGCUGGAUGCGGAGAGUUUGGAGUUGCUUGCGGCGGAGGGCAGGAAGGGGAGCAGGGCUGGGAAAGGGGGCUGGCGGGCGCUAUAUCUGGGAGUAAGUUUCCAGCAUCGGGAGAGCCUGCACGCUUGCUCACUACUCUGCUCGCCCCCCAUCCCAACCCCCAAGCGGAGACUGGUCUUUUCGUCGGAUUGUCCAUGCACUUGUUGCAGAAACAGCCAAGAUCCUCCUAGACACUGGAAGAGUAGAUCAAGUGAGGAAGCAUUUGGAAGGAGGCACAGCAGAUGAAAGGUUGAGAGCUCUUCGCUUGGCCCUUCUUUGCUGGCCCUCGUGAAUUUUGGCCCUGGCUGUGGAGGAUGCUGAAGGAAGAAGACGCAGAAGCAGGACAACCCUGAAAGAUUGAGCCUCUUCAUCCUCAAACAGGACCAGGUCUCCUCUUCCCACCUGCCCAGCAGCAUGAAAGCAGCAUGACUGGCCGACCACAGGAGAAGCCCCCAGAACCAGGCCCCCAACUCAGCCAUCUGCUGCGGAGGUCAAGGUGUGAGCGACGUCUCCUCACCACAGUGCUGUGUGGUCCGUACCUCAGCCAGGGAGAGGAUGUAAAACCCCCUGCCCUGCACAUGAGUGGUACAGGCCAACAGGAACACCUGGCUCCAGCCACAUUCACAGACAUGUCAGCCGUGGAGUAGUGCCGACACUUUCUCUCAGCUUCUCAGGGUUUCAGUCCUUUUGGGUUUGUUUUAUUUACCUUUUUUUAUGGUUUUGUGGCUGAACGUUCACAACCAAGGCAGACGGCAUGGGUGAUCAGCAACUGUACAAGACCAACCAUGUGGCGCAUGGUAGUGAGAACCUUUUCUACCAACAGCCACCACUUGGUGUCCACAGCGGGCUGAACCACAACUAUGGGACUGCAGUAACAGGGGGCGGGAUGGAUGCCCCUCAGGCCUCGCCCAUCUCCCCCCAUUUCCCUCAAGAUACGCGGGAUGGUCUGGGCUUGCCUGUUGGCUCCAAAAACCUUGGCCAAAUGGAUACCUCGAGACAGGGAGGGUGGGGGAGUCAUGCAGGGCCUGGAAACCAUGUCCAGCUACGUGGUAACCUGGCCAACUCAAACAUGAUGUGGGGGGCACCAGCCCAGGCUGAGCCCACUGAUGGCUACCAGUACACCUACUCCCAGGCCAGCGAGAUCCGGACCCAGAAGCUUACCAGCGGUGUCUUGCACAAGCUGGACUCUUUCACCCAGGUGUUUGCCAACCAAAACCUGCGAAUUCAGGUCAACAAUAUGGCCCAGGUGCUGCACACCCAGUCAGCAGUGAUGGAUGGAGCCCCUGACAGUGCCCUCCGCCAGCUGCUGUCUCAGAAGCCCAUGGAGCCCCCAGCACCGGCUAUCCCUUCCCGCUACCAGCAGGUGCCCCAGCAGCCUCACCCUGGUUUCACUGGCGGGCUGUCCAAACCAGCUCUUCAGGUCGGGCAGCACCCCACCCAAGGGCACCUGUAUUAUGACUACCAGCAGCAACUGGCUCAGGUGCCAGCGCAGGGAGGACAGCCGCUGCAGGCCUCGCAGAUGCUGUCACAGCACAUGCAACAGAUGCAGCAGCACCAGUAUUACCCACCGCAGCAACAGCAGCAAGCUGGGCAACAGCGUAUCUCCAUGCAAGAAAUACAGACACAGCAGCAACAGAUUCGCCCAUCACAGCCGCAGCCGCAGCCGCAGCCACAGCAGCUACAGCUGCCGCAGCGGCAGGGCUCGAUGCAGAUACCUCAGUAUUAUCAGCCCCAACCCAUGAUGCAGCACUUGCAAGAGCAGCAGCAGCAACAGAUGCACCUGCAGCCCCCUUCUUAUCACAGGGACCCUCACCAGUAUACCCCAGAGCAGGCACACACUGUCCAGCUGAUUCCUCUGGGCUCCAUGUCCCAGUACUACUACCAGGAGCCCCAGCAGCCCUACAGCCACCCCCUCUACCAGCAGAGCCACCUGCCCCAGCACCAGCAGCGUGAGGACAGUCAGCUGAAGACCUACUCUAGCGACAGACAGGCCCAGGCCAUGCUGAGCUCCCACGGGGACCUGGGGGCUCCUGACGCAGGAAUGGGAGACCCAGCAAGCUCGGAUCUGACCCGGAUCAGCAGCACCCUCCCCCAUCGGCCCCUCCUGUCCCCCAGUGGGAUCCACCUCAACAACAUGGGGCCUCAGCAUCAGCAGCUGUCUCCCAGUGCCAUGUGGCCCCAGAUGCACCUACCUGAUGGGAGAGCCCAGCCAGGUUCCCCUGAGUCGAGUGGCCAACCCAAAGGAGUGUUUGGGGAGCAGUUUGAUGCCAAGAACAAGCUGACGUGCUCCAUCUGCCUGAAGGAGUUCAAGAACCUGCCUGCCCUGAACGGCCACAUGCGGUCCCACGGGGGAAUGAGGGCCUCCCCCAACCUCAAACAGGAGGAAGGAGAGAAGGUCCUGCCGCCUCAGCCCCAGCCGCCACUGCCGCCUCCGCCUCCGCCUCCGCCGCCGCCACAGCUCCCUCCCGAGGCAGAAAGCCUCACGCCUAUGGUCAUGCCUGUGUCUGUCCCUGUCAAGCUUCUCCCGCCCAAGCCCAGCUCUCAGGGGUUCACCAACAGCACCGUUGCCGCCCCCUCCGCCAGAGACAAGCCAGCCAGCUCGAUGUCGGACGACGAGAUGCCUGUGCUCGUGAGGAUGACCCUCUCUCCCCCACACUCACCCCAAGGGGCUGCCCCCCGCACGCCUGCUGAAAUCCCCAAGAAGCAGCAGCCCAGCGUGCCCAAAGCCGAGGAGCCCCUGAAGACCGUGCAGGAGAAGAAAAAGUUCCGGCACCGGCCGGAGCCACUCUUCAUCCCGCCGCCGCCCUCCUACAACCCGAACCCCGCUGCCUCCUACUCUGGCGCCACCCUGUACCAGAGCCAGCUGCGCUCCCCGCGCGUCCUCGGAGACCACCUGCUCCUGGACCCCGCCCACGAGCUGCCCCCUUACACGCCCCCACCCAUGCUGAGCCCGGUGCGCCAGGGCUCGGGGCUCUUCAGCAAUGUGCUCAUCUCCGGCCACGGCCCUGGCGCCCACCCGCAGCUGCCCCUGACGCCCCUGGCACCCACACUGCGGGUGCUGCUGUGUCGCUCCAACAGCAUCGAUGGCAGCAAUGUGACGGUCACCCCAGGGCCUGGAGAGCAGACUGUGGAUGUUGAACCACGCAUCAACAUUGGCUUGAGAUUCCAAGCAGAAAUCCCCGAACUCCAAGAUAUCUCUGCCCUGGCCCAGGACACACACAAGGCCACACUGGUGUGGAAGCCCUGGCCAGAGCUAGAAAACCAUGACCUCCAGCAAAGAGUGGAGAAUCUUCUGAAUUUGUGCUGUUCAAGUGCAUUGCCAGGUGGAGGGACCAAUUCUGAAUUUGCUUUGCACUCUCUGUUUGAGGCCAAAGGUGAUGUGAUGGUUGCUCUGGAAAUGCUGCUGCUGCGGAAGCCGGUCAGGUUAAAAUGUCAUCCUUUAGCAAAUUACCACUAUGCCGGUUCGGACAAGUGGACCUCCCUAGAAAGAAAACUGUUUAACAAAGCACUAGCCGCUUACAGCAAAGACUUUAUUUUUGUACAGAAGAUGGUGAAGUCCAAGACGGUGGCUCAGUGUGUGGAGUACUACUACACGUGGAAAAAGAUCAUGCGGCUGGGGCGGAAACACCGGACACGCCUGGCAGAAAUCAUCGACGACUGCGUGACAAGUGAAGAAGAAGAAGAGUUAGAGGAGGAGGAGGAGGACCUGGAAGAAGAUAGGAAAUCCACAAAAGAAGAAGAAAGUGAGGUGCCGAAGUCCCCGGAGCCGCCACCUGUCCCAGUCCUGGCUCCCACGGAGGGGCCGCCACUGCAGGCCCUGGGCCAGCCCUCGGGCUCCUUCAUCUGUGAAAUGCCCAACUGUGGGGCUGACUGUAGAUGUCAUGUCACUCCAUUUCUUCCCCAGGUGUUCAGCUCCCGACAGGCACUGAAUGGCCAUGCCCGCAUCCACGGGGGCACCAACCAGGUGACCAAGGCCCGAGGUGCCAUCACUUCUGGGAAACAGAAGCCUGGAGGUGCCCAGAGUGGGUACUGUUCUGUAAAGAGCUCACCCUCUCACAGCACCACCAGCGGUGAGACAGACCCCACCACCAUCUUCCCCUGCAAGGAGUGUGGCAAAGUCUUCUUCAAGAUCAAAAGCCAAAAUGCGCACAUGAAAACUCACAGGCAGCAGGAGGAACAGCAGCGGCAAAAGGCUCAGAAGGCGGCUUUUGCAGCUGAGAUGGCAGCCACGAUCGAGAGGACUACGGGGCCCGUGGGGGCGCCGGGGCUGCUGCCCCUGGACCAGCUGAGUCUGAUCAAACCCAUCAAGGACGUGGACAUCCUCGAUGACGACGUCGUCCAGCGGUUGGGAGGUGUCAUGGAAGAGGCCGAAGUCGUGGACACCGAUCUUCUCCUGAAUGAUCAAGAUUCAGUCUUGCUUCAGGGUGAGGCAGAACUAUAAAGCCCUAUGUGGCGCUUGAAGACAGUGGAAACCCACGGCCUCCAUCUUCAUUAAUCAGGAAACCUGGACUGCCUGCUUGUUUUGUAACCCUUUUAAACUACCUGUUUUAAAAGUGGUCAUUUUAUUCAGGUUUAGAAAAAAAAAUCCCAUUUCUUUUCCUUUUAUUUAAAAAAAAAAAUUGUUUUUGUGGGGGGUUGGGGGAAUAAAUAAUUGGCACAACUAUCUUUAAGAGGUGUUUCAUCUGGGCUACCUUCUCAUGAAAUCAUUCCCAGCAGGGAAUGAAGCUGACCUUCAUGUUCCAUUGCGUUCAGAUGUCAACCAUCCCGGUUGCCUUUUAUCCCAAAGCUUGCUGUGAGAGUGUGUGUGUGUGUGUGUGUGUGUGUGUGUGUGUGUGUGUGGUGUGAGGCAGGCGACCCUCUUAGUGCUGAGGCCUUGGGGCCAUCUUUUCCCACAAAGCGUUAUUUUGAUUCUGUUCUGACCUCAUUCUGUAGUUUGCAGUGAGCAUGGCAUCUUUGCCUGGAGAUUCUAUGCUAGGGGCAGCUUUCCAGGGGCAAAGCAAGCCCUCGUGUUACACAGCUCUCCUCCAGCACACACGAUGUGUGAGGAGAUGACCAAAUGUGAAAAUAGGUUUCCCCUGAGUUGCCUCUCAUCCUUUGGCCCGUGUGCAGAAAUGGAGUACUGUAUAAUUUUAGGCUUUCACUCCAAGCAGUGUUUGCUGAGGACCUGGUUUUCUAGAGCAGGUGCGUCCUGUUCUCUUCCGUGUUCCCUGGGGUCUGGUCAGUUCCCUGUGGGUGGCAGAGCUGUGUUCAGCAUGAACUGACUAGAGACCCAUCUGCAGCCAUGUAUUAAGUUGCCAGGACUGCUUUCACUUUAGGGUGAUUGAAGGGCACACAUUGAAGUACCUAGAAUGCCAGAAACUGUUCUUUUGCCCAAAAAACAAAUCAGAAAAGCAACACUGUUAAUGAUUAGUGGAGUUCUGAAAUUACUUUGUGCCACUUAGAAGUACCGUGAGACCUCAUUCACUGGGAUUUUGCUGUAAUUCACAUCCGCUGGACUAAAGUUUACUUGAUGGUAGCUGUAAGAAAUAGUUUUCUCAUACAUAUGAUAGCAAAUACAAGACAAAUACCAUUGAAGGCCAACAAAGAUGGCUUCAGACACACUUUUAGCUAUAGUGUCUGCAUUCAGACAAUGACUGUAUUCAUUACAAAUCACUUACCAAAGCACUUCUAGACUUCUCUAACCUCCAUGACUUUGCUCUGCUUCCUCCUGUCCCUGUCAGCAGGGUUGCUGUUUGUACUUGAAGGUAAUAAACCUGUAAUCCUUCAAAAAUGCCAUUUAGCCCCAGGCUUUUGAGCUGAGUCAGACUGACCCAUCCCACCGUUAGGGCAAAACUCAGGCUGGGACACAGCCCCAGUGCAGAGAAGAUCCUGCUUCACGCAACUCCCCUUUCAGAGUUAACGCUGCGUGAUUUCCUGGGUGGGUGUUUUCAGGACUUGCCCACCCCAGGUAUGCUGGUUCCCAGCUCCAUGUAAGUGUGCCUGUCACACUGGGCCACUUUGCUGGCACAUUCAUAGCUUGACAUGAGAGAGAGUAUCAGCAGAAGCAUGACAGUAGGACCUGGCGUCUUUGACUCUGCAAAAGCUUUUAGCACACAUGAGAGGCACCAGCUGUGACCCGCAGCAGCCCCACACAGGCUUCAGGAAAGCCAUGGGCGGAAGAAAAAAUAAAACUCUUUUCCAUCAUUCUGUUUUCAAAGAAGAGGUCUUGGCACUUUCUUACAUCUUUUGUUUAGAGGGAAAAAGAAGUUUCAUUUGCUGCCAUUUCAGAAAGGUUAUGCUAUCUUGUUUAAUCCAAGUAGUUGUGAGUCAAGAGCUGCCUGGGCAGUGUGCACCAACUUUGUAGCCAAACCAUUACAGCUGUCAUAUCCUUGGCUGAUCGUCUCUCCCGGGGACUAGUGCCCCCCACUUGGCAAGUGUCUGAGGGUGAGCUAGAAGGGUGCUGCUACUGGGUCUAUAGAAGUUUAUCUAUCAAAGGAGCAAACAUCCAGAAAAGCGUUUAUAAAGCAAAUGUAUUGCCUCUGUUUGGAGAUUUGCCCAGCUGUUCCAGUUUUAAACAUUAAAAAAUAAACUCAGUUGCCAUGGCAAAAAUAGAAUGCACAACUUACUUUUAAUUUUCCAUGCAGUAUAGCAUAAGGAUUUUUGACUUGAAACAACCAAAGAACUCCUCCUUAACGAGACAGUUCGAAUUCCUGAAUUAGUGUUUCCUGACUAUCAACUUAAAGAACGGACUUCCUAGUACAACAUUGCACUUCUUUUUUUUUUCUGAAAUGAUUCUGCCUGCAUGUAUGUGUUGUGUUUUAGCUUCUCCCCUGACCCCACCCCAAAGAACUUUUCUUCCUAAUGGUUAUGUCUUCAACUUGGUUACUGUUUACUAUCAGAUGGUUUUUCAUUAGUGAAUUUAGACCUCUUUGAGAAAGCUUGUAUAUAAAAAGUUAACAGAUAUAUUUUAUGGAAAAACCCAUCUUAUUUUCAAAUAUAUUUAACUGCUGUUAUAUUUUAUUAGAGGAAGGUUGUAAAUAUUUUCUAGGAGUUCUAUUGUAAAGAAAAGUAUUUUUGAAAAAAACUAAUGUAAUAAAAAGGAAAACAUUUUUAAAUAGUAGUUGUGAUAGCUUCCUGUUCUGGCUUCGUUAUGUUCUAUUCUCAGCAGAUGAAUUGCAUGCCUUCCAUAUCAGGAUGUAAUUUAUUCAGGUUUGCACUAUUAUAAGUUGACAUCAUAAUAUCCAGUGUGCUUAACUGUAUUUUCCUGGAAUGCAAGUCCUUUGGUCCACAUUAAAGCACUAUGUAUAGCAUAUUCAUAAUUUUUUUGUAAUGUGUGUAUUUUUAAUAAGGAUUUUAUGUAACAUUUUGGCAAAAAGAGGACAGUAUUUUCUAGUGAAUUUUAUAAUAACAUUUUGCUAAAAAUGUUUCUUCCUAGGUCAGUUUUUGUUAAGGUGAACCAAAAGUCUUAUUUUACCAGGGGUUUAAAAAAAGUUUGAAGCUUGAAAGCAAAGUUAUAUUUAAACAUCAUAUGUAACAAAUAAAUAAAGAUGUUUUAUAGACUUGUCCUAAAAAGGUGCAUUCCUUAAAAAAAAAAAAAGAAAAAGAAAAGGAAAGAAAGAAACUGGGGCAUUCUAGAUUGUUUCCCAUCUGAGUGAUAAGCAUUUUUUUUUUUAAUUAUCACAAUGCUUCUUCAGAAAGAGACCCAGGGAAAUUUUAUUUAACACAUUCUAAUCAUUAGCCUUCUCAGAAAGUUAUUACAGUUCCUAUAGAUGGGCAUUCAUCAAAUGGAGAUGUAACCAAAUAAACACUGUCAUAUUUAUUUGUGAAAACCUGAUUCAAUAUUGCAUCAGCUGCUCUGAAAAUAAAAUAUUAUCUUUUUGCGUUU